AUGACGACGGACUUGAGUGCAAGCGCCAUCGGAGGUGUCAAUGCAGGCACAAUUGAUUCCGCUGUCGGUGCUUCGGGUGGUCCCGAAAAUGCCUACGAGAAAUUAUCACGAGAAGUGCAUCAGAUGCAGAUCACGGGGGCCAUUCAUACGGAUUGGCUUGAAAAUCCCAAGGGUUUUUUAUUAAAACCCGAUUUUAAACGAAAAGCCCAACAUGUGGGGGCUGGGGGGAAAAAACUCAAUAGUUCUCGUUUAUUACACCUGCAUUUACCUGGGAAUACGUAUCGGGUUCGAUGGUUUGUUCUCGAUGGGAUGAUCUUACGGUAUUUUAAAACCAGCACUGAGGAACAGGAAUUGGGGGCUAUUCAUUUAACGUCAGUAAAUGCAGUUUUACCUUCGAGUGUAGCAGACGCUCCAGAACAUGCACUGGAUUUGGUCUGUGCGGAUCGAAUUUAUACGAUUGCGGGGAAUGAUAGAGAAGAUAUGGUACGCUGGGCGACAGUAUUGACAUUAGUGUUGCGGGGUGAAUAUAAACCCAAGUUAAUGCUACGACCGGAAUCGUCCAUUAUUCGAGGUAGUUCAGUCAUUCCAAGACCAAGUGCAGCGAGAAAAACGGCAUUGACACAGGGAUCGAGAUUUACGGACGCAAAUGGAAUGCGGAUGACGGGAACACUUACGGGUGGCCUAGGAGACAAUAGUGACUCAAAGAGUCAAGGAGACGAUGAUGUCAAGGAGAAAAUUAUCACGGUUACGUUUGAUCAACCUGGUCCGUUGAAUUUGAUUCUGCGAGGGACCGUGGACGAUGAAGUGAUGGUGUGCGGAUUUCUGGAAGGUAUGGGACCCGGUGGAGAGCUCGGACCUGCAGAAGCGUCUGGCGUUAUUCGGGUGGGUGAUUUGUUGAUUUCGAUCAAUAACCAUUACUUUACAAACAUUGAGUUCCAGCAAGCUGUUGAUUUGAUUCGUGCUGCUGAACGACCACUAACAUUGCGGUUUUCUCGGAUUGACUUCACCACGGCACCACCUGCGGAUACCACUCGUGUUGCAGAAGGCUGGGUGCUUUCCAAAGAGCCGUCGGCGCACCGGUACCGCGUUCGUAUGCUACAGCUGCAUGGUGACAAACUGAAGCUGUACAAGCCCAGUAUGCAGGGUGGAAGAGUUGAUGAACCAUGCUUGGUUAUCCGGAUGGAACAAGUGACGGACAUCCGACCUACGAAUGAUACACGCGAAGUCGUCACGGCGUUUACUCAAUGCCACCCUAAGCAGUGGGGUAUCACACUGGAGGGAUCACAAAGUAUAUUUACGUUUUAUACGAAGUGCCGGGAGGAUAUGGUGCAGUGGAUCGAUUUGCUCAAAAACUCGCCGCUGUUUUCACCCAAGGCGAAGAGGUUGUCUAUCCCAGUCCACCCCGUGGCAGUUGUGGAGUUUGAUCCCGUCCUUGAGCCCAAGGUAGUGCUACAAGAUGAUGUCGGUAAGAUAGGCGACUUCCUGCCAACGUUCGUGUGUCACUAUUUCCUUCUGCUUGAGGAUGGCAAGAUAAUGUACUACGUCAACGCCGACUCAGCUGCAACACGCACGCGUCCGAUCGGCGUCUUACGCUGUGAUAAUAUUAUCAGCAUUGUACCUAGUCAGGUCACUGAUGAUACGGCUGAUACGGCUGCGGAUGGUGAUUCUAGCUGCGUCACUCCGUCCAUUACUGGAGGCUCAAAAGAAAAAAUGAUGCCAUGGCGGCUAGAGCUGGAAAUUUUGGCUCAAAGCUCAGUGCAGAAGUAUCGCCGCCCAUUCGUCAUGUGCUUUGCUACACAGGAAAAAAUGAUGAAGUGGGGAAUUGCUGUCAGCAAGGAGGCCAAACGCCUCACGGGACAGGAAUACGACCUAUCGUCUAUCAGUCGACGUGCUUCGCGCAGUGAUAGCCAAACGUACGCGCCGAGGAAUUCGGAAACGCCUAUGACGCGACUAACGAUAUCACGACUGAUAUCUAAUCCAUCCAAGUACAUCGAUCCGAAUGUACAAGAAUCAUUACGUCUAUACCACAGUCUAAAGGAUGUGACACUAAAGGCGGCCACGCGUGGAUGGUUUUACGUAAAAAAAACGCAAAGCGUGGGCAUGAGUGCAUACCAUCCUCGGUUUCUCGUUCUUAUUGAUAACAAACUGAUGCUGUUCAAGUACGAGGUGCUCGAGGAGGAAAGCUUGCAUUCGUAUGCAAGCAUGCUCGAUCUUCGCAAUGUUAAGGAUGUAAGGGAAGCUGAAUCGGGUUUUAUGGAAAACCUUGACUUCACGAUUCAGCUUACCACUGCUGGUGACAUUGCCUGGAUGCUGGUUGCGGAGAGCUAUGAGCAGAAGGAAGCGUGGCUAUCGGCGUUGAUCUGGCUGUCCGACUACUACUAUCGGCCGGCUGACAAUACAGCCGCGACAAAUGAUGUUAAACGAAUGGUGCUGAACACUGCAGGGGUAAUGAUGUCUAUUCCUGAGUCGAAAGGUUCGAACAGCAUUGCGAGCCAGGACGUGAAUUCGAAGGAAGCGAAUCGUCUUGCCGUGGCGGGCAUCGCAAAGGAGCGGCAAUCGACAACUCACACUGGUGCGGGCACAUUGCUGACAGCUGAUUAUACGGGAAUUGGUGGCGAAAUUCAGAUAGCGGGUAAGAAAGUGUUUGCGGCAAUCUCUAGCGGUAUUUUCCGGUACUACGAUUCUCAAAAUGAUUACGAAAGUGAAUGGGGUGACGCUAUUGACGCAAUAUCCCUCAAAGAGAUCGAAGAGGUGCAUUCAGAUGGGCUGGAUUUGGGUAGCUUUGUGGUGAAGGUGAAAGGAGAAAAGGAGGUGCGAUUGGUUGCAGAAAGCGCAAAGCUUGCGAAGCGUUGGAUGCUGGUAAUGUGCUGCUGUGGCGAUCUAGUCUUGAAGAAGGCACCACACGCUGAUUACUGGGUAAGUACUCGUCCUAAAGAGGCUUGGAUAUGGAAGCUCGAUCGGCUCUACCAGGUGUUCCGUCGUCGCUACAUCUCUCUGCGCAAUCAUCAGCUCAUCUUCUAUACAGAAGAGGGUGGUCGCAUGCUUGGCAUGAUCUCGCUGCCUUGUAUCUUUCACCUUCAAGUGUCUAAGGUGUGGACGCGCAGCAAAGAUGAAGCCGAUUUCUAUCAGUUAGAAGUGAGUUUUGCGGUUCCCACGGCUGCUGAAGAGAGCUCACGGACGGACCAGAUUGGUGACUUUUACGCCUUCCUGUUGGCUUUUGACACUGAGGAGCAGCUAAAAGAAUGGGCUCACGCAAUUUACGACUGCUGCACGAAUUCGAUGUCAUUGAAGGGCAAUGCGACAUUGUCGCCUCUGGGUGAGAUUCAAGUGCUGCCAAAAGAAUUGCUCAAGACCUCAACGUUCGAUCACAGUGACGACGAGUUUUUUGCAACUCCUGGAUUACCGAUUGGCCCAAUAGUGCCCUCAAAAAGACCUGUUUCUGAUCUGGCAGUAUCGGCUAGUGAGUUCAGUUCUAGUGGAUGGCUCUAUUAUCGCACCUCCAAGGAAGAGCGUCUGCGUCUGCGUUACUUCAUGCAGUGGGGUUAUGAGCUAUCAAUUUACAAGCACGAAGUGCUUGCAGAUGAAGCAACCGCCAUUCGCUACGGUGUUAUUGAUUGCCGCGCGCUUGUUGAUGUGCGCUUUGCAUACAUCAACUCGCCUGAAAAUGCUGUUGAGCUCAUUCUUGGAUCGGUUACCAGUGUGAUUAUCAUUCCACGCACGGACCAAGAAGCUGUCAUGUGGCGCAACUCGUUGCUUAAUGUAAAACGUGCCUAUGAUCAAUUGGAGUCUGGCAAAAACAAGGAGGACACGUUUGGCACAGGCGUGUUCAUCAGCCGUGGCGUCACAUUUUCGACGCACAAGGAUAACGAAGAAUUGUUGCGUCUGCAGAUUGAAUCUGCCGUCAUAUACUCGUCGAACCUUCAGGAUUGGGACGGUCGCAAGUGGAUUCCGAAGUAUUUCGUGUUGACGAGCUCGCGUGUGCUCAUGAUGUCGCUUGCGCUGCAUAUGUACGAUGAAGAGCCCGACAUCUUGGGCUCCUUUGCUAUUAAGGAUAUCGUGGAGGUUCGUGCGUGUGACGAAAAGGAAGAAGCGGAGACUAGUAACUGCAAGUCCGCUUGUGUCAUUACGUUACGGCCGCAAAUAAAUGCCACAAAAGACGUGAUACAAACCGUUCCUGAUCGUAUGAUCAUCAAGUGUGAUUCUUUCGAUCACUGCUUGGAGUGGAUGCGCUUAUUGUGCAGCACCAACGGCAAGCUUGAGCUCAAGAAGAAUGCUGCCACCGGUUACUGGGGCAGUGUGAACCGCAUCGCAUCGCUUUCUCGACACCAAAGUUUUCUUGCUACUGCGCCUUUGUCUGCGGCCAUUGCCACUGCCAACUCUGGCGCUGGUAUUGCACCCCAGGAGGGCGAACGCACGCGUAGAAUGACACGCCAUGAUGCUGCGCGAAAGCGGACAUCAGAGCUCAUCAUGAACCGCAAGAGCAUGAUGGGACACUCUUGA